AUGAUAACAUCACUUUCUGACAUGUACGUGUAUUUAUUUUUUCCCAAGGAUGCUUACUCCAGACUUGAAAAUGAUGUUGCCAGCUCAGGCGCACAAGUUGAUUUUGAUGAUUACAUGCCUGUACCAGUAACCUCGUGUGGUAAGGUAGAUAAAAGCACACAGCGACCCAUUGUUCCAGAAGUUCCCUACAAAAAUCAAUGUGAGCGUGGGCAGAGAGAGCUCAGGGGUGAAAUUAUUGACAACAUGAGACAAGUAGCUUUGAGAGCUGUACACUUUGAAGAAACAGACUUGCCUCAAUUAGUUGCAGAAAUAGUUGGGAGUAAGAAAUGGAUUUCCUCCUUUGGUUGCAAUGUGUCAAGUACAGAGAAAAAUCCAAUCUUGGAAUCUCUUAUAAAGGACUACAAGGAGUGCAUGUCCAAAGAAAAGACAAGUGAGGUUAGGAAGAGGGCUGCAGCUCAAAAGGCAAAGUUGUUUAUUGGCUCAACUUUAAAAGAUAGUAGAUUGACAUUGACAGGUGACAAAACACCACAAACAUUUCGGAGCAGGGUUGUCGCUGCUGACUCUGUAGGAAGGAUCACUUGUUAUGCAGAUGAAAGGAGAAGACUGUUGUCCAUUGUUGCAAUGGAUUACCCCUACCGAUUUCUGCAAGAACGGUUUGGCUGCUCGCCAAACACAGUUACUGCUGGAAAAGUUCAUGCUAUCCUCUUUGGUCGUGGUGGGACCCCACCAUCUAAGUUUAAGUUCCAACGACAGUGUGUGAGUCCAGCUGUUCUUGAGGAACUCUCAGAAUUCUUUCUGAGGGAUGAUGUGUCAAGACCUUCAUCCUGCAGGAGCAUUAUUGUUGAUGGUCAAGAAACUCCAGUCAGAUAUUGGAAAGAUAGCAUCAAGAACCUGGUGAACCAGUACCUCUUGGAGUUCCCUAAUGGUGUAAAGAGAACUUAUAUUUAUAGCCAUCUGCCACCAAGCUUCCGCUCUGACACAAUGUUGGCAGGACUUUGCAAUCUCUGUAACGAUUAUGGACAUUCUAAUUAUGACAAGAUGCAAUCUUUAUUGAGUGACCUCGAACGUAGUGCAUCCAUCUCGCUGAAAGAAGAGAAAGCAAAGGUCACAAAGCACCAGCAGUUCCUUAAGACGCAGUUUGGAAAAAUUGUUGAGAGGCAUUCCCCCUGUCUUGAACUCUGCAUGGCACAUGCCUUUGGGUCUUGCACAGAAGCCCAUCCAAAUUCUUGUCCUGAUGUUGUUGCUUCGGUUCAAGUUGACAAAGUUGUGCAAGAACACAUAGGGAGGAUAGCAGAUCGCUCAGAGUGUGACAGAUUGAAGGAGGAACUGAAGGAAGUGAUGACCUCUAGUGUAUUAUACACCAGUCAUUUGUUGAGAACAAGGCAGCAAGGGGACUAUCACAAAUUGGUGCUCAACAAUCUCCAGCCAGGUGAAGCAGUUGUAAUUAUUGAUUAUAAAAUGAAACUGGAGCUUGGUGUACGUCUUCGUGAAAUUCAAAGGGACUGGUAUGGCAAGAGAGGCAUAUCUCUACAUGGCCUCCUUGCCAUAGCUCAAGUGGAUGAAAACAAGAAAGUCAAGGAAGUCCUAGACUUAUGGUCAGAGGACACCAAACAGGAUUCCUGGUUUACCCAGAGUGCUAUGGAUGUGGGUUUUACAUGGCUGCAAAAGGCAUUUCCUGGCUUCAGAGUGUAUUUGUUUUCUGGUACGUCUUGAGAACUGUGUUCAAUAAUGUUUAAUAGUACCAAGAGAUUGGCAAUUGCACUGACCUAACUUUUUCUAUUAUUAUACAACAGUAUCAAAGUGAACAAAAAAGCAGUGCUGUAGACAAAAUAUUGCUAUCUUAUGUCAUUACAAAGUGAAGUCAUUUUUGCAAGUUUGUUGUUUAACCUUGGUGACUUGAGUCGUGACCAAGAAAUGUAGCCUUCAGGUCUUUUGUUUCUUAUCGCAUGUAUAGUGUUACAUUUUCAUGUGACAUAAAAUUAUCCUCUAUAUCUGCUUACAUAAAAUGUUGUAAAAUCUACUUCUGUUCUAAUGUGCGUUGUUUGUGCAUUGUUUUAUUUCAACAGAUAAUGGACCUCACUAUCACAAUUCAGGGUUCUUGUUCUAUCUGGCUGAAGCUAAUCAAGUAUUUGAUUUAACCUUGGUGGAAUAUAACAACUUUGAAGCAGGAGAGGGGAAGUCCCAGCUCGACACUCACUUUGCACAUAUUAGUCAUAAGAUAGUACGUUGGGUGCGAGUUGGGAACAACCUGGAGACAGGACAACAGCUUGGAGAGUUGAUUGGGGUAUGUGUCAUUACCUUUGUCACUAAUAUGAGUUGAAUGCCAAUAGGGAUUUCUAUUGAAUGUGAAAACUUCUAGACCAAGUUAAGAUGGCUCCUUUCAUUGGUGAACAAAGGACUUUUUAUCCACAUUUCAUGCACAUUUCUAUAUUCUUGGUGUGUGGAAAUUACUCAUUCCUGAGAACCUGUCACUUUUUUGUAAUAAAUGAUUAUUGUGUAGGUGCAAAACUGAUAACACGGAUGAAAUAAUCUUCUAGCAAUACAACAGCCUAGUAGAAUUUUGAAGCAAUUUCCCUCAACUGCUUUGGUAGGCAAAAACAAUUUAGUAAAGUCAAGUCAAGUCUUAUCCCCAAUAUUCCGUAAAUGAACUAAUUAUUUAAAUGUUGAAUCUGUUGAUAGUUGUCGAUUUCAGAUUCAUCUCUGCAUUCCUGCAUGUGCGAUGAACAGUGAAUGUACAUGCAAGGUGGUCAUGAAAUUUCUAUCAAGCUCAGUUUUCUUGAAGUUGAUGUAAAUGUUUUCAGAGCAAUUUUAUCCAAAAUUUUUGAAUAUGACUAAAUACAGAGUAGUAAUCUUUAAAAAAAUUGCUUAUCACCCAUGCAGGAAUGCAGAUUUAAAUGUCAUACUGUUUGCAGCAACAAGAAAUGGAUUCAUUUGUCAAAUAGGCAACUCAUUACUAUAAUCAAAGGGGGGGGAUACAGGUUAACUGACUUGACUGAAACAUUAAUUAUGUUUUUGUGGUCAUGUUGCAGAGUUUGACAUCUCCCCUUUUCUUGUUUUGUUUUGUAAUAGUCAAUGAAGAAUGUACAGUGCCGUAAGCUGCACAUAGACAGGAGAAAGGCACCCGACAAAGUGGGGACACUGAAAGACAUAUCCCUUUAUGGCAACUUUCAGUUUCCAACUUCUGGCCAGUACAGUGGUGGUCUGAUUGCCAGAUCUAUUGCUGGGGUUGGGAAAGAACUGAAAAAGACCAAAGGUCAAGUCCAAGCCCUGGCCAGCCGAUCACGCCCUAUUGCAGGAUCAACUGGAGCGACUACUACAGAAGAGCUAUGUGUCACUGCAACAGACAGAAGAAAUCCUUCUGGAAUGCCAUAUAGCAUUCGAUUUAUCCAGCAUGCUCCAGACCCUGUGAUAGAAGCAACGAUGGUUCCCGCUGAGGAGGCGCUAACCAGACACAUAGCAGAGUCUGGCUAUGCCCUAAAAACUGGUGGCACAAAGAGGGUGACUUUCACCCUUGCACAAAAACAAGUGAUGAUUGAAUUCUACAACAGACAGGCGAAUGAGGGAAUCCGUGCAGAUCCUGCAGACUGCAUUGCAGCAAUGCGAGAAAGGAGGCUGGACGUCUUGAAAGAGAGCCAGAUCAGAAGCUGGUGGAGUAGUUACCACCAAAAGCAAAAAAGGGAAAAUGAAAGGCUGGCAGCGAAUCUUCGACAGCUACAGGGACAGUUGACCUCCGCGUCAUGUUCAGCCACUGCAGCAGCUGUCAAUGGAAAUAAUGUGCUGUCUACUGCUCCAGCUGCAACCCUAAAUUCAACCCAGCCCUCAGUUAACUCAGCUUCCACCCUGAUUCCAACCCAGCAACCUGUUACCUCAGCUGCCACUCUGAAUUCCACCCAGCCUUCUGUUUCCUCAGCUGCCACCCUAAAUUCAACCCAGCCUUCUCUUCACUCAGCUUCCACCCUGAUUCCUACCCAGCAACCUGUUACCGCAGCUGCCACUCUGAAUUCCACGCAGCCUUCUGUUUCCUCAGCUGCCACCCUCAAUUCAACCCAGCCUUCUGUUGCAUCAGCUGCCACUGCAAAUGCUAGACAACCAAGCCCAGUACUGCAAAUUGACUUGCUGGGAGCCAGUAUAGGAAAUGGAGUAACGGAAUGGUAUUUCCCCUGGAACAUGUCACAGUCAACAAUUGACAACAGAAAUGGAAGCAAUGCUUGUGUUUUUAUUGCUUUUAACUUUGGUCUACUCUAUAAACAGUUCAGUCUGGACAACACCCUAGUUGGUGAAAAUCUCAACAGUCACUGGCAGACUGCUCUUGAACAUGCCAUAAGAGCUGGAAAUGACAUCCACGAUCAACUGUUUGACUUUGAAGGAGUUAAUGUGUCUGUGGAAGAGGGAAUUGAACUAGCUGGAGAAGUGUGUCAAGUUGGACAAGUGCUUCGCGAAUACAAUGUGUUUGGAGCCAACCCCUUGGACCAGUUAGAGACAGUUAUUAAAACAUUGUCACAGCAACGACAGUCCUUUCAUGUUUUGGUUGCUCUUGAAAUGGCUAUGCUUAUUAUUGUGGACAGUUGUGGCAUUCUCCUCUUCAUUGACUCCCAUAUUCAUGGAACAAAAGGAGCAGUAAUUGCACGUUUCAAUCCUGACAGUCACUGUCAGGCACAGAAUUUUGCUGUUUGGCUAGACCAAAUGUUGAUUCACACAAAAGGAGUAGGCCUUUCAAUUUGUUCAAUCACCUCAAUUCUAUAUUCAUGA